AUGACAACUCACAUUUAUACUGAGGAUCAAAGGAGAGAUGAUAUUCCAUGGAGGGUGACAAAGAUUCAAAUUGCUUCCACUCUCGAAGUAAUUCCCGAAAAAGAAUUCAACAAACUCCAAUUCCUCGAGGAAAUCGACUUUGAUGAGGGAUCCCAACUGAAGCUCAUUUGCGACAGUGCAUUCGAGGGCUGCGCCAAUUUGCAAGCGGUUGAUUUGCGCAAGUCGCCCUUGUUGGAAACCUUGGGAGAAUCCACCUUUCAAGACUGCACUCCUGCUUUGAGCACCGUCUGGCUCGCACCCAAGAUUCGAUACCUAUCGUCACGAUCCUUUUCUCGCUGCUACGGUCUCACCGAGGUACAUUUGAACGAAGACUUGGCAGAAAUUUGGACGGAGGCCUUCGAAUUUUGCCGCAAGCUACAAAUAAUUGACUUUUCGAAAACCAACAAGCUAACUAUGAUUGGUCUCAGGGCCUUUUACAUGAACGAGUCUUUGGUGACUCUGAUACUACCCGAUUCUGUUGGAAUGAUCAAGCGUCAAGCCUUUAAACAUUGUCGUGGGCUGCAAAAAUUGACCUUGGGCGCCGAAUUGGUCCAGUUAUCGGACCAGGUCUUUGCCGAAUGUACCAACCUGGAUGUCUUGGAUAUGAGUGCUUCCAAGCGGCUCCGAGUGAUUAGCCAAGAGUGUUUCUUGAAGUGCUCGUCGCUGAGACGAAUCAUGUUCUCGCCCGGUACAAAGACCAUUCGCGAGGGAGCCUUUGCUCGCUGCCCCACGUUUAUGAAACUUGAGCUUCCGCCCAAGCUGGAAGUUGUCGAUUCCAGAGCCUUUGAACGGUGUACCGCCUUGAUUGCUGUCGACUUUCCAAGUACCACAAGAACCAUUGGAGAUCGAGCAUUCAAUCUUUGUACAAGUUUGACUACGGUGUUAUUUCCAGACGGGUUGGAAUCCAUUGGACGAGAAGCUUUUGCUUUCUGCAAUCUGUUAGAAACUGCCAAAUUACCGUCCAGCAUGGACAAGACUAAGAUUGGGCUCAAUGCCUUUUACGGAUGUCCGCUGAUGGAAGAUGUCCCAAAUCAAGGUCUUUGGGUCUACAAUGGAGUGGAUCCCAUUCCAACCUUUGUAGAACAUGUACGAUUGUCCGAGAAUGUCACGACUAUUUCUUCCGAGCCCUUUGAUUUAUCGGCCUUGUGUACGGAAGCGAGUCUGACUUCCAUUCAAUUCAAUGAUGGCCUCCAAGAGAUUUCGGCAGGGGCCUUUUCCUAUUGCAAUUGUCCCGAGUUGACUACGGUUUCCAUUCCGUCCAGUGUGGUUCGUCUUGCGGAUCCCUUUGACGAAACGUUUGUUUCGGAUAUCGAGAUCAUGCGAGGCAAGACCAACAUUGCCCUGGCCAUUCGACUGAAACUCUUGUAUCCCAAUUCUACUCCUACUCUGACCAUGGACCGCCUAGUCUAUUUGUAUUCCUUUGACCCAAUCCAUUCGAAUGAUUUACUCAAGUUGCCCACGGACUGGUCCAGCGUGCGGUCGCGGCUGAAUCGCAAACGACGAGGUUCCUACUCUCGUGAAAAGGAACUACUGCAAUCGCAAUUCUAUCGAGAACGAGAGUUGCUCAAGGAAAUUCAAGUUGCCUAUCCUCAGACUAUUCAUAAUUUAGUAGUAUGGUGUCUAGAAAGGGGUAAGCUGGACAAUAUCCACACUGUACUACUGGGACUGUCGGAAUGA